UUACUGGACCACCCGCAGUUGGUCUUACGUUGCGUUACACUUACGUUCAUUGUGUCACGGUCUAUGUUGUUGAAUGUGGUCGCUUUGGCCCUAGACGACUGGCGCUUCAUGACACGCACCGCUUUGUGGUCCAUGUCGAAGCUACGGGUAGUAUAAAACACGCGAGUGUUUAGGAUGGGCACCCCAUCAACUCGAACAUCUCAAAUAUUCUGUAGCACAGAUUUUAUAUUUCAGCUUCAAUCAGUCCAGUAUGGCAUACAUGCAACCCAACCAAUCGAUUGUGAACUCUGGUGGAGCCGGGUCUCCUGGGUACUACGCUUGGCAAGCCAAUCCUGCCCCUCACCCCUUGACGAUAGGUACCGAGAUGCCACUAUAUUGGGGCGCCAGCAAUGGAAGACAAGUGAAGCGUGUUCCACGCUUGCGGGAAUUUACUCCUUCUCAGCAGAGCUUCCCCGGCAUCCUUUUUAGCGUUAAUGGUUGGGGCGGUGUGUCCGUGACGGAUAUUCUGAACCGACAGACAGUUGUUGAUUAUCCGACUGACAUGGUAUUCGCUCAUCACGGCUGGCGAGCAACUACUCUGGCACUAAAUUGGCCCGGAUACAUACCCAACCGUUCUUCGGAUGCGUCUCGUCGUCGCUUUAGCACAUAUAUGAAUGGCAACAUACCAAUGACUCGUCAAGGGUUCGCCAAAGUGAUUGCCGAGCUGAUUCAAGAUCUUUACCACUGUGCAAAGGACAAGCCCGUUGCACGUGGUUGGGAAGAUUGGGGAUUCAGCGAAAACAAAGUUGAUCCGUCGAAGGUGUUUAUCCUAUCGGCCCAUUAUUACAGGAAUGUUUGGGUCCCUGAGCUCUACGUCGAUGGUAUACCCAUGAUGCUCUCUGGUGGACUCCUUUCCCCUACGACCUAAUAGCACAGACAUAUAUCUUUAAUUUUCAAGUCACUAACAUUCCCUAUACGAAUCACGACACUCCAUUGCGCCUACCUUACAAUGUCAUUAAUUCAUUAGCCGGUCUAAUGUUUAUCGUUUUUAUUAGGUACUAGCUUCACGCGCAUGCAUAUCGAUCGUACCCUAUUUGAGUACAAAAAUAGAAAUCCACCUGCGCAAUGC